AUGCUCUCUGGUUGCUGGAAAAUCACGACUAGCGCCAAUAAAACAGACAUCUAUUCCAGACUUGAACUUUCAGGAGCAGUUGUCGCUUCCCGGCUUUAUACGCUAGUAGCAGACGAACUAGAAAUAAACAUUGACAGUGUGACAUUCUGGACAGAUUCUAUGAUUGUCCUUGGAUAUAUUAAAAACGAAACCCGGAGAUUCAAAACCUUUGUUGGAAAUAGGGUAAGUGAAAUUCAUGAUGUGACGUCACGAGACCAAUGGAGACACGUAGAUACGGCUUCCAAUCCAGCAGACGUCGCUUCUAGAGGAAUGCAUGCCAGUGAUUUUAAGACAAUGAAAUUUUGGAUGCAUGGACCUGAAUUCCUUCUAAAAGAUGAAAGCCAUUGGCCAAGCCACCUAACUAAACCUGAAUUAGACGACGACGACACUGAGCUGAAAAAAGAGGUUGUCGUCAACACAACUAGUGCAGUUGAAACCAUUCAAAGUAUAAUAGAUAGAUACUCCAGUUGGACGAAGCUGAGAAGGGCCGUUGCUUGGUUACUAAGAUAUAAGGCAUACUGCAGACGUAAACACUUAAACCACACCUUGGGACUGAGUGAAGGUGAUUUAAGCACCAAUGAACUCAACAUGGCGAACAUACCAUAUUAG